AUGAGAUACUCCACAACAACAACGGCAGCCGCGCUGCUCGGCCUCGCCGCCGUGGCGGCUGCCAUCCCCAGCACCGUCAUCGUGACGGCGUGGACGACGAGCUUCACGACGGCGCAGCCCGGGACCAAGGCCACACCGGCAGCGCUGCCCGCGCCGGGCUCCGGCAGCGGCGACACCAACAACCUGUUCGACGUCAAGGCCGGGGGCCAGGUGGAGGCGUCGGCCGGCGGCGGGCGCGUCGAGGUGCAGGGCGCAGGCAACGUGGAGGGCACCGUCGACGGCAAGACGAUCAACUUUGGCGCCGGCGCACAGUUCGAGGCCGGCUUUGGCAAUUCUGGCACAGGUACUGGUACGCAGCAGCCACCGCCCGUCGUGGCGGCCCCGCCGCCUGUUGUUUCUGUUCCCGUCCCGUCCGUGGCUGCUCCUGUCCCGUCCGUUGCUGCCUCCCCUGCCCCUCCCGUUGUCAUACCCGGCACGGGCACAGGCACAGGCACAGGCAAUGACUUUGACAGGGCGGGCACUGGUACUGGAACAGGCACAGGCACAGGAACGGGGACCGGCACAGACGGUGCCGGCACCGUCACGCCGCCCGGCCCCAUCGGCGGCUUCAACUCGAGCUUCAACAACCUGACCAACAUGUCAGGGCUAACGGCCGGCGCCGAAUCGCUGAUGCUGCUCGACCGCUCGUCCAGGGGCCUGCUGUACGGGCUGACGGGGCUGACGGCCAUGAUGGCGGCGGGCAUGUGGGCGCUGUGA